ACAAGAACAGUAUGAAGAUUUUGAACAGUUUGAAGAACAAGAACAGUAUGAAGAUUAUCAGUUUAAAGAACAGUAUGAACAUGAACAGUUUAAAGAACAAGGACAUUAUGAAGAACAGUUUGAACAAGAACAGUUUAAGGAACAUGAGCACUUUGAAGAACAAGAACAGCAUGAAGAACAGGAACAUUUUGAAGAACAAGAACAGUAUGAAGAACAAGAACAGGUUAAAGAACGAGAACAGUAUGAAGAACAAGAACAGGUUAAAGAACGAGAACAGUAUGAAGAACGAGAACAGGUUAAAGAACGAGAACAGUAUGAAGAACAAGAACAGGUUAAAGAACGAGAACAGUAUGAAGAACAAGAACAGGUUAAAGAACGAGAACAGUAUGAAGAACAAGAACAGGUUAAAGAACGAGAACAGUAUGAAGAACGGAAACAGGUGAUUGUACAAGAACAGCUUUAUGAACAAGAACAGUUUCUCGAACAAGAACAGCUGCACAGACAAGAACACUUGAAUGAACAAGAACAACUGAACAAAGACCCACUGGAACAAAACACAUCUGUGGCUCUAACUCAUGAACAGUGUGUGAGUAUGGUAACAGCCAUGGUGAACUGCCUCUACCAUACUAGACCAAUCAGGCAGUUCUUCUCCCAUUCCUUACACAGGCAGGAGCAGAGUGACGAGGCAGCCAGGCUCACUGAAGACUUCGUCAGGGUGAUAGAGACUCUCAACUCCGGCAGGAAAGUUCAACCUGCUGUCCUCAGUAUGAUGGCGACGCUCGAGUCCUACAACGCCUCCUUCGACAAUGUGAGUCAAGAGGACGCCCAAGGAAUGUUGGAGGACCUACUGCAGCUUCUGCACCUGGAUCUUCUUCAGGUGCUCCUCCUGCAGAAACAGUCAUCCAACAACAGCAGUUCAGAAGAUGAGGAGGCUGAUGACUCUACCGUCAUCUCCGAGGUCUUCCAGGGCAUUCAUCGCUCCUUCGUCACUUGCCUGGCCACCAACACCAUCCUCAGCACCAGCUCCGACACCUUCAGCGCCGUCAGCGUCUCGCCAAACCCUCCUGCAGGAGACUCGCACCUUCAGGAGCUGCUGGAGCGUCAGUACCGUCCCCAUAUGGUGUUGUGGGAGUGUUGGAAGUGUGGGAAGCAACACCAGUGUUCCCGUUUUCGUGUCAUUAUCAAACUCCCGCAGGUCCUCGUUGUGAAGCUCUCAUGGCCUACCAGAAAGAGAUCAGAUACUACGCAGGAGGAAGUGACCUUUCCAUCUAGCAUCAACCUGACUCCCUUCAUGAAGAAUACUGGCCAGGAAAUUUCCACCUAUAGGCUGUACGCUGCGUGUGGUGACCAGGACGGCAGCUUUAGCGCCUACUGUAGGAAGAGGAACUCGUGGUAUGCCUACCAGGGCGCGGUCAUCCGGCAGACCAGCCUCCCCAAGGCUUUAUCCGGCAGGCGAGCCAGACUCCUCUUCUACGACACGCAAAGUGAAGGUUCCCAGAUGACCACUGCCCUGAGAGGGCUGGAAUGAGUGCACAGUGUACUGCCAGGCUGUUGUCGAAAGCAGCAGCCGGGGUAGAUGUAAAAACUGGGUUAAAAAGACAUGCUUAGUGUGAGCCAGUUAGCUUGCUACAGUGUUCAUCUGUUCUUACGUUCUGCUGGACUACGUUCCCUUGGCAGAAUGAACUGUUGUGAAUAUGGUAUACAUAUAUAGCAGUUAGGUAUCUGUAAUCCGAAACGUUUCGCCUACACAGUAGGCUUCUUUAGUCGAAUACACAGGCAACUGUUAAUUGGAAUCGACGUCUGUCAAAAUCUUCAUCUAGUGGUAAAGAUUUUGACAGCUGGAGAAACACUGUAGAAACAGUCACCCAAAACACUGGCAGUGUCAACACUGCCAGUGUUUCCGUGAACUAUAUUGAGGCCCCAGUAACACGACCCCUUAAUACUUGCUAUUUAUGUAGAAAUCCAUUAUUAAAUCUAUAAUUUUCCUUGUACAGCUGUAGUGUUAUGUAUUAUAUAUAUUGUUAUAUAAUGCUACAUACACUGAGAUUUAACAAAGCUCCUGGCUAGCAAGACACAGCUUGGAAAAUAAAGUAUUCACAACUCUGGCAA